AUGGCGGCACGAGCACUGGCGACGCGGCAUCUCAUUCGCGCGACCUCACAACACCGCGCUUUCGCUCAUAGCGCACUCUUGCGUGAACAGCGGUACCAUUUCGACACGCUCAAGUUCGUCAAGAAGCUAGAGGCAGAAGGCUUCUCUGCAUCUCAAUCACAAGCUGCUAUGCGCGCAUUAUCAGAUGUGAUUUCAGAGAGUAUAGAUGGGCUACGUAUGACGCUUGUGUCAAAGGAAGAGCAGGAGAAGACAACAUACACACAAAAGGUUGAUUUUGCCAAGCUACGGAGCGAGUUGCAGACACUGGAGAAGAACGAUCAUUCUCUUGUGAAGAGUGAUCAGGAUCGAAUCAUCUCUGACCUUGAGAAGCUCAAGCAGCGGCUCAAGGAGGAGAUUGCCAAGACGCAAGCCAAUGUACGACUCGAUCUCAAUCUCGAAAAGGGCCGUAUCCGCGAAGAGUCCAGCAUUCACGAGCUCAAGAUUCGGGAGACAGAUACCAAGAUUGAUACGGAGAUUGCCAAUAUCCGAACACAGCUCGAAACGGUCAAGUUCCAGAUGCUACAGUGGUUUGCUGCCUUCAUUGCUGGUGUGGGCUCGCUUGUUUUGGCAUUUAUGCGUUUCAUUCAAUGA